AAACAGAGGAAAACAGGGGAAAACACAGAAUAUGGAAAAGUGUAGGCAUUUUUGUAGUGAUACUAAAAAGGAUAAAUUGGAAAAUAAGGAGUAUAAGCUUGUGAGUUAUAAGGAAUUGCCUGGUUAUAUGAAGGAUAAUGAGUUUAUUCAUAAGUAUUAUAGAGUAGAAUGGCCUUUUAAGCAAGCUUUUUUUAGCUUGUUUCAAUGGCAUAAUGAGACUAUUAAUGUUUGGAGUCAUUUACUUGGGUUUCUUCUGUUUGUGGGGUUGACUAUUGCUAAUGCUGCCCAUGUUUCACAAACUGCUGAUCUCUUUGGGAUUUUCAGGACUUCUUCCACUGGUUCAUAUAAAAACACAUCCCAUGGCUCUAUUAAUCUCCUUAUGGGAAUGCCAAAAAUGAUGGAUUUGAACAGCUUACCUAAUCAAGGAGACAUAGAACCAGCAGCAAGAUGGCCUUUCUUUGUGUACCUAUGUGGCUCAAUGUACUGCCUUUUAUCAAGCAGCAUUUGCCAUCUCUUCGGUUGCCACUCACACGACACGAACCUAUUGCUACUUCAAAUGGACUACACCGGGAUCACUGUUAUGAUCAUAACCUCAUUCUUCCCAGCAAUCUACUACAUCUUCCUAUGCCAACCCAUCUGGCAAAUAGUCUACCUUUCAGGGAUCUCUAUCUUCGGAGCAUUCACUAUUGCGACUAUGCUUUCUCCCACCCUCUCCUCAGGAAAAUGUCGAUCAUUUCGUGCAAUCCUAUUCGUGUCAAUGGGACUAUUUGGGAUCAUCCCCGCUACCCAUGCUUGUAUCCUGAAUUGGGAUAACCCAAGAAGGAACUUGACUCUAGCUUAUGAGUCUGUCAUGGCUUUUUCGUACCUUAUUGGAACCGGCUUCUAUGUGACUCGGGUCCCAGAAAGGUGGUGGCCCGGUUGGUUCGAUCUUGCAGGUCAUAGCCAUCAAAUUUUCCAUGUGUUUGUGUUGUUGGGAGCAUUGGCUCACUAUGGGGCUGCCCUACUUUUCAUGGAAUACAGAGAUAUGGUUGGUUGUGGACAAUGACCUAUAAAAUGGAUUUAGGUUCACCUUAAUUAUAUCAUUUAUAGCAUUAUUUUAUUGUGUUUGUAGUUGGUAAAGCCUACACAUACAUUAGAUAAUCAUAGGUAUUGUUUGUAGAAAUAGGGAAAGUUUAUAUUCAUUUGUUAACUGUUCUGAAACUCUGAACAGUUCAUCAAAACAUUCAUAAAUUAUUGGUGUGUUAAGCAAAGCUAUUAAUAUAUAUUCUUUGUAAAAGUUUGUUAAUACAAAUUGCGUUGUGUGUGUAUGAAUUUGCUAACUGUACUUCCACUUGCAAAUAUUAUA